AUGGCGAGUGGCUCAGAGCCCGCAGCGGCGGAGGCCAAGGAGACGGACGAUGUUCAAUUGUUAGCUCCCAAGCACGAGUUGCAGCAUCGAUGGUGCCUCUGGGUGCAUCAGCGGCCAGGGGCGCAGAAGGGCCAAGCCUGGAACGAAAGCCAGAGGGAAGUCCAUGCCUUCGACACCGUGGAGGACUUCUGGUGCAUGUUUCACUUCUCCUACCCGCCGUCAAAGCUAGAGAAUGUGGAUUACUCGCUCUUCAAGUCAGGUGUUGCGCCGGCUUGGGAGGAUGCCGCCUUCAAGAACGGUGGGCGCUGGGUCAUCAAGCUGGAGAAAGUGAAGGCGCAGAGCUUGGACGACCUGUGGCUGUCACUUAGCCUCGCUCUCAUCGGUGAGGACUUCACUGACGUUGGAGGCGAGUUGGUCUGCGGUGCGAUUGUCUCCGUCAGGAGCCGCGCCAGCAAGAUCGCGUUGUGGCUUUCUGCAGCGAAGGAUGAGAAGAAGGUGAUGGCACUAGGGCGCCACUACCGAGAAGUGCUGGCGCAAACGCCCGGCCUUCAGGAGCUCUCAACAAAGGAGCUCACAUUCGAGGAUUUUCGGAAGCAGGCCGUCACGUUCGUUCUCACCAAGCCGAAUUCCGGAGGUGAACAGGCCGGUGGAUUUCAGUGA